AUGGGAAAUGCAUCUGAUACGCCUGCUGAGUCCAUUCUUGAAACAAAUUUACCGCGACCCGCUACAUUAGGUUUGUCCCCGAAGGAACCUGUCGUAGAACAAUCAGCACAAACGAGCAUUACUACAGCUUCACAAUCAUCACUUUCUGAAUAUGAGCUACAUUCAGGGAGUGUUCAACACGGCGUCUCAAAAUUUAGUAAUGUGGGAGCUCUAACUCCAGACGAGUCCGAAUUCGAUAGCGAAGAAUCGACGAUAGACCUAAAGGACAUAAACUGGGAACAUCAUGGGCCGGGUUCUUGGCUUUCCAUCUGUUCCAAACCAGGAAUAAGGUGGGUCUCAGAUAAAGUUGGCAGCAUUGAAUUCCGUGAGGUUGCGCAAGGGUUAGUGGCGGACUGGACCAAGCACUUGACGCUGUCCCAAUAUCCCACAACGCAGCAUGGCCCAGACCUGGACUUUGAGACCGCCUGGCGGUAUUCCACAUCUUACUUCGAUUCCACGCAGGAUGCUGCUUUCGGCGUAGUGGAUCGUGCCGAUUUUGAGGACCAUCUUCAGCGUCAUUUCCAAAGCGCCGGCACGGAUUAUGGAGACGCUGCGUCGUACGCCUUGCGGAAUGCCGUGUAUGCAGUUGGUUGCCGUGCCAUGCCAGCCUACACGUGUUCAGACCCCUCACAAAAUCAAGAUGAGUCCCUGCAACUGUUCUUCAAUGCCCUCUCUGAAUUACCCAACCUGCUGUUUAUGCCGAGUGGUUUGAGAGCAGUGCAGGCGUUGGCCGUCAUGACAUCGUAUGCAGAACUUCUGGGAAGUCCUUCGGUCGAGUAUAUGCUUUGCGGUGCCGCUGCUCGGCUUGCACAGUCCAAAGGCCUUCACCGGCAACCUGCAACCGCAUGGUGCCUGCCGGAACGCGAAAAAUUCCAUCGCGAAUGUAUCUUUUGGACUAUUUACUGCUACGAUAAGGGAUUGGCAUUGCGGUGUGGCCGCCCAUCUAUGCUCGAGAAUGAUGAGAUUAGCUGCCAAAUACCAACUAGGACUCCCAGUGGCAGCGCGGUAGAUUUAGAUGUACUUGUUGCUUCCAUAAGGCACGCGCAAAUCUGUGCAGACAUUUUCAAAAGUCUCUACUCUCCCAAAUCUCUCAAUAAACCCCCCGACGACCUUUUGCAGCAGAUAAGAGGGAUUGAUCAAAAGCUUGAGGAGUGGCGCAGCUCACUUCCCGAUCGCCUAGCGAGGCCGCAAAAAAAGUCCCCCUCGUACAGAGAAGAGCCGGACAUGAAUCAGGCCCACGCAAUUCGCCUGCUCCGAGCCUACAACGGGAGCAUCAUUGCGUUGUAUGCUAGUUUUCACUAUCCAUGGAUCAGGUCGCGGCUUAGGAAACAACGCGAGGGCCCUUCUCCUGAUUCAAUUUCGGCGAUAUCGGCUCGAGUGGCCGAGGCUGCACGGAGCAUUCUCACAACACUUACGGAGUGUAGGCCCGUGUGUAUCUCUACAGGACCAACUGCCUUUUACUUCCCAAUGCUUGCGAUCAUCAACCUUUUUAUAUACAUCCUGGAGUAUCCUACAACGAAGACGGCACAGUCUGAUAUUGCAUUGCUUGACAUUGGGGUUGGUCACUUCGGACAAAUCUAUCAUCUAACUUCUGGGCGUAUGUCGUUUCAAUUUUCUCGCCAAGUCGCUGUGCUCGCAUGCAAGGCUGUGGAACGAGCUGCAUCUAGGGCUGCAAACAACGCGACGCCAGAAACAUCCAUGAACAACUCCAAGGACGCUCUUGACGAUCCGAAUGACACGGUUGUGAGUAUGAUAUUCCCCAAUUUUGAUUGUGGCGGUGCCUAA